AAUUAGCAUUAAUUUGGCAACGUGAUGAGACAGUCACUGAGGUCAAUUGAAUUACACGUACUACAAGUUAACUGUUUAUAAGUCCGUGUUCACUUAACAUUUUCCCAAGUUUUCGCUUCUUGCACACGUGUCAGUAACACCUUGUAGCGAUGGACAAAAACAACGAUUCGGAACCUCUAAAUCCCCUUACCUCGUCAAGAAGAGCAACUUCACUCCCUAAGAAAGAGGCAGGUACAGAAGAGCAAGGAAAGCGCGAGCAGUGGACAAGAAAACUCGAUUUUAUUUUAUCAUGCGUUGGUUACGCUGUAGGACUGGGGAACCUGUGGCGCUUUCCUUACUUGUGCUACAUUAAUGGAGGAGCCUCGUUUCUGAUCCCUUAUGUGAUCUGCCUGGUGUUCUGUGGAAUCCCCAUCUUCUACCUUGAAGUCGCUCUUGGUCAGUAUGUCGGAAAAGGCGUUGUUAAGUCUUGGUCAGCUAUUUGUCCUCUGUUUGGAGGCCUCGGUUACGCCAUGCUGGUGAUCACCUUCCUGAUCAGUGUCUAUUACAACGUCAUCAUCGCUUGGACUCUCUAUUACAUAUUUGUAACGUUUAGAAAAACUAUGCCAUGGGGUGAAUGUGGAAAUGAGUGGAAUUCCAACUACUGCAAAAAGGACCGCGUAAUGGAUGUCUCAUUGAACUGCACAGCUAUUGGCCUUCCAUUAAAUUGCAGCGGGCAAUAUAUAUCUCCUGAGGAGGAAUAUUUCAAUGGCCGUAUGCUCAAGGUGUCGGAUGGAAUUGAUCAACCAGGAGAAAUCCGUUGGGAGCUGGCUGUUUGCCUUCUCGUGGCUUGGAUCUGUGUUUACUUCUGCGUGUGGAAGGGAGUCAAAUCAGUUGGAAAGGUUGUCUACUUCACUGCUUUGUUUCCAUACCUGGUCUUGUUCAUUUUUCUCAUUCGUGGUGCUACUUUAGAGGGAGCCGGUGACGGGAUCCUCUUCUACUUGAAGCCUGAUUUCUCCAGACUUAAAGAUCCGCAGGUGUGGGUGCAAGCCGCUGGUCAGAUAUUUUACUCACUCAGUAUCGGAAUGGGAGGACUCCUUACCUACAGUAGCUUCAACAAGUUUAACAACAACUGUGAAAAGGACAGCAUAGUGGUUUCAUUGAUCAAUUGUAUGACCAGUUUUUUCGCGGGCUUUACCGUAUUCAGCAUGAUGGGUUUUAUGGCACGCUUACUCAAAACUGAAGUUGGUAAUGCCGUCAAAGGAGGACCAGGCCUGGUGUUCAUGGCGUUUCCUGAAGGAAUCAAACAGCUGCCUGUUCCACAAAUCUGGGCAUUUCUUUUUUUCUUCAUGUUGUUUAACCUUGGUCUGGACAGCCAGUUUGUUGGCGUUGAGACCUGUACUACCGUUAUCAUUGACUGGUCACCACGCAUGCGUAAAUACAAGUCUGCCGUCUCACUCGGUUUUUGUGUUAUCUGCUACCUCAUUGGCCUGGCACACGUGACUCAGGGUGGACUGUACGUGUUCGAAAUGUUUGACAUUCAGAGCGGUGGAAUUUCAUUGGUUCUUAUCGCGCUCCUGGAAUCAAUUGCCAUUGGAUGGGUCUAUGGAACUGAAAACUUUUCCAAGAACAUAGAGACCAUGAUAGGACACCGACCAAAUCUGUAUUUCCGGGUGUGCUGGAAGUUCUUGUCUCCAGUGAUCAUUCUGGUUAUCUUUGUCUGGCAGUGUGUGGACUGGUCAGGACUUUCGCUUGGCGAUUACAAAUAUCCAGUCUGGGCUGAGCUGGUGGGGUGGGGCCUUUGCCUUGCAUCCAUUCUUUUUGUUCCUGGAUAUGCCAUAUACAGGCUUUUCAGAGACAGGUCCCGUCCAAUCAAAGAGCGAUUUUUGAACCUGCUGAAACCAGAUGAACAAACCAUGCGAAGGAUAGAACAAGAUAACGGACUACCUACCCAAACGGAAUUCGCCCUGAUUUAAAGUCUUUAAAGGUAAAGCCCUCAGCUGCUGGAGCCAAAUUAUCAAAACACUGGCAUGAAACUUUGAUGUACUUAUUAGUUUAAUUUAUUUCUUUGAGCGCCAUACUUCAUACGAGUUCAUGUCAUGAUCAUAAUGCGAGUAACAACAACUUGUACGUAGUAUUAAUUAGUCUAAGUACGUAUAUGAGCUAACAGAUAAAGAAAUGUCCGAGAAUAUUACAUCAGUGGGCAAGAUUUCAAGACCUGAAUGAAAGACUGCGGGUGUCAGUUUAAACGAUCUUUAUAUUGAGAGUUGAACGUAAUUCGAAUUGCGUUGGUUUUGUUUAACUACGCUCUGUGAUUAGUUUAAAAAAGACUCGCGCCGUCUAUUCAACCAAUCAGAUGCAAAUCUGCUCAACCAAUAACUGCUCUGUUGCUCGUGUUGGUUAGAGCGGUUUUUAGAGCGUCGUAAAACCAAUACCAAAGCAAUUACAAUGGCCAAUUACCGUAAAUGAAAACAGACGCAAACAAGGAAACGGACUAAUAGCGGGGACCUCCAAAUAAAAACACUCGGCCAAGCCUUGAUUGGCUUUAGUUCUGCAUCUGAUUGUUUGAGCCAAUCAUAGAAAGUAGCUAAGUUUAAACCAAAGCCAUUCCGGAUUACUUUGCGUUGUUUAGGUUUAUUGUGAUUAAGAAUUGUAACUCCUUUGUAGGAUUUGUUCUCAUCUCUUACAUCAAAGCUUUAAACACGUUUAACUAAAAAGAACUAAGUUUAUCAUUUAGAUAGAUUGAAAGUGUUUUGCGUAUAGCAGCGUUCACAGAAGUUUGUUUACCACAGAAGUAUCCUAUAAGAUAAGAUAAUAACGUUUAUUUAAGUGUCAAGGAAUUUAGCCCAAGCGGACUAAUUAGGCACACUAAACAAGAAUGAACCUACAUGAAUCUACCUCGGUAAACAGUGAGAGAAAAAAAAUCAAUAGUUGUUCGAUGUGCAGAGAAGGAGAGAGGUUAUAGAGUUAAGGAAGCAGUUGUAGUGAUAUUACUAGGAAACAGCAGUCCACUUUGGUAUUUUAGGUCCAUGUUGGAGGGGUCUGUACUAUAACUUGUCAAAAACCGGAUAUCUUAGCCCCGACGGUAGGAUGAACCCGAGCUUUUUAUAUCAGGAUUUAAAGAGACGGAGGUCUUAAAAUGCCGAAAGUAUUUUGCUGUAAUAAAGCUUGAUAAGAGGACUAGUGUGGAAUAAACUCUUUUAAUGUGUUUAA